GAUCUGGGAAUUAUCUGCCCUUUGCAAAGUUACCCGGGUGUUGAAGUAAAGAAAGACUCUCCGGCACAAUGGCUUUGUUUGCCAUAAGAAAUACAGGAUUCUUAUUGUUGGAGGCUCAAAGUCCCACAUCUCCCGAAAUGGCUCAUGAUGCCUCUUCUUGCCAUUCUGCUCCUUUGACCGAAAGUCCUUUUGCAAAUGCAGGACAGACUUUGGACGGGUGUGAACCAGCCUCUCGGUACACCCCAAAAACUGCCUCACGAGACCCAGAAGGAAAUGGAUCCCGUGUUGCCUUGCCUGCGUCUACUGAGAGGUUCUGGAGAAGAACGAGGAAGGACAACAUCCUGGAAGGAAGAACCGUCAGAUGGGCUGGAAGACAUCAACUUUGCCAGGAGUACUACGAAGAAACUGAGGCACCCCGAGAACUUUGCAGUCGGUUAUACCGUCUUUAUCGUCAAUGGCUGAAGCCAGAGAAACACACGAAAAUUCAGAUGUUGGACUUGGUGGUCCUGGAGCAGUUCCUGGCCAUCCUGCCCCCAGAGAUGGAGAGGUGGGUGCGGGAGUGUGGAGCAGAGACCAGUUCCCAGGCGGUGGCCCUCGCAGAAGGCUUCCUCCUGAGCCAGGCGGAGGAGAAGAAGCUGGCAGAAAUGCAGGUUCAGGAUCCCUUCAUGGAAGUGGGUGCAAAAAAGCCCCGAGCACACACAGACCUGUCACCUCUCUCUCGGGAACUGGCCUUUGGAGGGAUCUCCCAAGAGGAUCCAGCUCAGAUCACAUCCGAAGACAAGAAGGCGGUGGAGAGAGUGGUGAGGACGGCAGAAAAGAUGAUGGGUAGUUCACUUCCUUCUAUGUGGGACACGGCAUAA